AUGCAGUCCAUCAUCGACACUGCCCGCAACGCCGCUUCCGCCGUCACCAGCUCCGUCGCCCCGGCGCACCAUCACAGCGAGGAAGACCACGCCAAAUCCCUCCCUGCCGACGCCACCGCCGGCCCCAUCAAGAGCAUCGACGAAGAGGGUCUCUUGGUCUUUGAGGACGACGCAGUCAGGCAUGGGGUGCUCGUCAAGAUCAGGAAGCUUGCUUUGGAAGACGAGCGACAUGGUCUUGGCGAGGUUGCCGCUUUGAACCUUACUGACGCAGAGGGUGAAAUCAAGAAGGGUAUCGACUACUACCACCCCAAGCGAUACUUUACGGUCACCCGCGCUACCGGUACAGACUAUAUCGGGGAAGUAGAGAUUGAGCAGGGCAAGAGCAUCCACAUCCGCGCGCACAAAGCUGGCGCCGCCCAUACGCCGACAUUCCAUUCUAUCGAUACUCGACCUAGCGACGAGGGUGGGGCAGUCUUCAAGACCGGGGAGGCGCUCGUCUGGUUUGACUACUAG